UGUCUGAGCAUUCGAUGGGAAGUUGGCUAAUCAGGUAACGAUUCCUCGGCACAGAAUGUCCCGUCUGAUAGCCAUCUACGGAGAAAAGGUCGACAUGUUCCCAACAAGAAUUGCUCAACCUAUGCAAGAGUCACCAGUACAUGGACCAAUGUCAGGCACGACCAACGAACAUGUCCAAUCUCCUCUUCGUACUACUGUACACCCAAACUCUCCUUCAAGUCUCUUCUACCGCGCGACCGCGCGUCUUUCACCAACGUUUCGCAACCACACAACGUCCUGAGCGAUACCUAGACUCGUCCGAAGAGACACUCGACCCGACCCGCCGGAUCUGCACCUCGCCCAUCCCGGUUUGUCAACCCAGCAAAGUAAAGGUUUCGUCCAAGCUAUGGCCCGAGUUCCUCAUUGACUGGCAUUUCCCCCUCAUCUCGGAACCCACAUGCCGAUGAACCUACGUGCUUCUUUGUACGACCCUUCGUGCAUGAGAACAACUUUCGAACUUGUGAGACUCGCCAUUCGGCAUCAGCUUGCAAUGGUCCACGUUCUUGGCAGCUCAAG